AACGACCUGACAAGGAAAUGUGGACAUUAGACAAUAACCAUUCCAUUAAGAGUUUCACAGAAGAUGAUAUUGAUAGAUUCACUAGCGGUUGUAGCAUUCCUAUAGGAAAAGGUGGCUUUGGAGAAGUCUACAAAGGGAUUCUUGGUGAUGACUGUGAUUUAGUUGCGGUGAAGAGAUAUAUUCGUGGAGAUCUGAGAGAAGAGUUCAUGGAGGAAGUAAGGAUCCACAGUAAAAUAAAGCAUAAGAAUGUAGUGAAGCUCAUAGGCUGUUGUAUAGGGGAAAACACUCUAACCAUUGUAACAGAGUAUGUCUCCGGAGGGAAUUUGGAUGAUGCACUUCAUAAAGGAAAGACUUCAAUCCCGUUGGAUAUAAGGUUGGGUAUUGCUAUAGGUUGCGCAGAAGCAUUAAGCUACAUGCAUUCAAUGCAUUUAUCAAGUGACAGUCUAGUAUGCCAUGGUGAUGUUAAGCCUGCGAACAUACUUUUAGAUGACAAUCUUAUGGCAAAAGUAUCAGAUUUUGGACUGUCAAGGAUUCUCUGGGGCGGAAUCAGUCGUUAUACUAGUAAUGUAAAAGGAAGUAUAGAUUACAUGGAUCCUAUAUAUCUUCGAGAGGGGCGUCUUACCCCAAGGAGCGAUGUUUAUAGUUUUGGUGCUGUUCUCCUGGAACUAAUAGCUAGAAGAAGGGUCAAGCAGGGCAAUGUUAGCCUCAUUGGUACUAUGUGUAGCGCCUAUGCUAAAGGGAACAGGUCAAGGGAGCUAUUUGAUGCUGAAAUCACUAAUAGCAUCAACGUGAGGAUUCUUGAAGAAUUAGCAAGUUUGGCUACUGAAUGCCUGAGUUUAGAUAUCGACAAACGUCCUCUAAUGAAUGAUGUGGCAUACAGACUUCGGAUGCUUCGGAAAACCCUGCUAGGAUGGCAAGGUGUAGGCUUGUGGGAGAAGAGUGUUGGUGUAUCCAAGAGAAAUUGUGGCAUAUCUGAGACACUUGCCAAACUUUCCAAUGUUAGAAUUUUUACAAAAGAUGAGAUGAACCAGAUGACAAAGAUCACCUACCCUUACAAAGAUGGUGUUUCGUCACCUGAGGUUUAUAAAGGAAUACUUGAUGAUAACACAGUGGUGCUGGUGAAAAGAACUUCGCGGGCUGAACGUGCGUGCACGAGAAAGUAUUUAAUGAACGAAGGGAUGAUCCUGUCUCAAAUAGCCCACAAAAACGUCAUGAAACUUUUGGGUUAUUGCUUGGAAGGUGAUACUCCAAUUUUCAUAUACGAGUAUCCUACUAAAGGUAGUCUCUCUGAUAUUCUAGAUCGCCAGGAAGAUUUCCCACUAUAUCUACGCGUGAAGAUUGCUGUUAAGAUUGCAGAAGCAUUAGAAUACCUCCAUUCAUCAACAACUGGUAUCAUUGGUCUUGGUAAUGUUGCACCAUCCAAUAUACUUCUAGAUGAUAACUUCAUGCCAAAGCUCUCAGAUUUUUCCGGGGCAUGCAAGCUCAUCAAGGAGAGCGAGACUAAUGCCUGUGGAAGUGUCCUUAGUAGCUGCUUUCUAUUUGUUGGGUUCAACAAAAUAAGAAAUGAUGUGUACAGAUUUGGCGUUGUUCUCUUGGCACUCAUUAAUAAGUGGUAUUUUCCUUCUGAAAAAGAUGGUAUUGAUCUCAAGGCAUUCUUUCAUAUCAGAGCUACAGAGGAUAUCACUGUUCUUGAAGAGAUUGGGAGGCUGGCACUCAAAUGUAUGGAAGAAAAUGAUGAAACAACAAUGAGUGAAGUGGCAGAACGUCUUAGGAUGCUUAGGAAAUCUUGGAAGAAUAUCGCUAAGGGAACGAGCUACACUGCAAUCUGAAUUCUGACACCGUUCUACAGCUAGCUGUCGUUAUCAGCGGAGCCCAAGACACCAUAUCUGAGAUCAGCGGUUAACCGUGAUUCAGCUGACGCUUUCUGUAUCCUCCUCCGCUCUCACCCUUCAACUUUCAAGCUAUUGUUGCAAUCUUGCCUGGCCUCCAGCGUCACAAGCCACUCGGUUCAGAAUUCAGAUAUCAGAGAUUCACCCUAAGCGAUCGUGUACAUUGUGUGCGGUGUAGACCUGCAGUGCAGGUGCAAGAUGCUCCUCACGUGUUGUCGAUCAAUUGCUUGAUGUUUAUCUGAACUUGAUGUGUACAAUAAGAUGUGACCGAGAAAGCUAUUUACGCGGUGUUUGUUUUAUUUUUAGUAUGUAAAGCAGACAGAGUAUGAUGUUUAUGGACAACGAGUGUACUGUGAUUUU